AUGUGGCUGUCCGGGGGCAUCUUCCGCACACAGGGGCAGAGCGGGUGGGUGGAGGGAGGCUCCUUCAACGACGUUUGGAAGAGUCUUGGCUCCGCUGAGACCCAAGGCAGCGCGUCCGUCGUGCCAUGGCUGCUGGUGACGUCAGGGGCCAGCUGGGUGGCUCGUGGAAGACAUGUCUCCCUCGUGUUUGCGGGGUCCAUGUGGAUCCUGGGAGGAGAGCGGAGGGAUCGGAGCAGCACGGCAGGUGGGGGCGUAUUGAACUAUCAGACAGAGUACCGCAACGACGUGUGGAGGUCGCAGGACGGUGCCCAGUGGUUGCUGGUCACACAGAACCCGAGCUGGAACGCUCGUUCGGGCCACACAGCGGCAGUGCAUGAGGGGAGCAACCAGAUCUUUCUGAUGGGGGGACGAGACGCCACCCGGUACUACAACGACAUCUGGAGGAGCGCCGACGGCAAGACCUGGACCAUGGUGACUGGGUCGGCGCUGUGGAGUGCAAGAUGGUUGCACGCCAGCGUCUUCUUCGAGGACAGUCUGUGGGUCAUCGGUGGUCACUUCUGCCUCACUUCCUCCAGCCAGCCCUGCACGACGGAGACUGCUGGAACUUUCUACAACGACGUGUACCUGAGUGCUGAUGGAACCAAGUGGCUCGUCUCCACGUCCUCAGCAGGUCGACAUUUGCCUGCCCUCCUCGUUCUUCUCUUUGACUUUUCUCUCCCGCAGGUUGGAAGGCUCGGGCUGGACAUUCCGCUGUGGUCUUUGUGGGGCCAGUGCAGUCGGACCUAUGGAUUAUAG